AUGAAAAACCCCCAUUUAGUCGCCAUUGCAAAUAUGAUUCUUCAAGAAGUGAGUAUGCUAGAAGGGAAACGUGAAAGAGAAAUGGGACAGGAGAAGACAAUACGAGACAAGACAAGAAAACCCAAACCCUACACCUACCGUGCAUGUUUUAGAAAGCGGGAAACACGAGAGAAGCGCGAAAAGAAAAAGGAAGCCAUUUAUAACCAUAAAGGUUGUGUGGCGGGAAACAAGGAACUGGAAAUUACAAAAGGGGGAAUUGUAUAG